AUGUCUCAGGUUCAAAAGCUGAAUCAAUUAUUAGGAAAUUGGGGUUUGACUCUUGGUGCAUUAGUGAUGCAGAAGGAUAUUCCGGGGUGGCAAAAUAGCAAUCCUUGGUUCUAUACAGCGGUUUAUGGAAGUCCAAGGGUGGGAGAACGGAAAGAGCUUUGGACUAAGUUAAAAGAUAUUGCCACUAAUUUAAGUGGUCCUUGGUGCCUAGGAGGGGACUUCAACUCUAUUCUCUCCCUAAAUGACAUAGGAGGAUCCUAUAACCUAUCUCUCGACACUGAUAAGUUUAACGAUUGUUUAAAUUAUUGUGAUCUUAAAGAUUUAGGCUUUAUUGGACCCCCUUUCACUUGGCAAAGGGAUGUGGGUGUUAAGCACUUACCCAAGCUGAAGUCAGAUCACUUGCCCAUUUUGUUGGAUUUUUGUUUGGCCUACAGGGAUAAAGGACCUAAACCUUUCAAAUUCCUUGCUCCUUGGGUUUUACAUGAAGACUACAACAAUUUGGUUAAAAAGAGCUGGUUGGAAGAAAGUGAUUUCUUACAUAAUAUAACAGGUUUCAUUGAGAAGGCAAAGAUAUGGAACAAAGAGGAGUAUGAGCUCAUAGCGAUUCAGGAGGAAACAUAUUGGCAGCAAAUGUCUAGAUGUGACACCAUUCUCUUCGGGGACAAGAACUCAAAAUACUUUCACUUAAAAGCUAACGGGAGGAGGAAGAGAAAUAGAAUAACCUCGCUUAAAAGUGAAGAAGGAGAUUGGGUGGAAGAUGCAGAUACAUUAAAAAAUUGGGGUGUCGAUUUCUUCAAGACUCUUUAUUGCUCUGAUUUUGUCUCUAAUCCUUUUGGUAUCUCUAACCAGUUUCCCAGAUUGCAAGAUAGGGAUUAUGAAGAAAUUGCAAGAGAGGUGACGAACGAGGAAAUUAAGAAUGCUGUCUUUUCUAUGGGAAGCUGGAAGGCACCCGGAAGUGAUGGCCUCCCAGCAAAAUUUUAUCAACAAGCAUGGGAUGUGGUGGCUACCUCUCUCACAACAUGGGUGAAGGGAGUGUUUAGUGAACCAAACAAUAUUGCAGAAGUUAACAAAACUCUAAUUGCCUUAAUUCCUAAGAUUCCUUCACCGGAAAAUUUUGGGCAUUUUAGGCCGAUUAGUCUUUGUAACGUCUGUUAUAAGUUUGUAACUAAAAUUAUUGCUUCAAGACUGAAAAAAUUUAUGCCCACACUUAUCUCUAACACCCAAUCUAGUUUUGUGCCUGGCAGGGUAAGCGCAGAUAAUAUUUUAGUCGCCCAAGAGGUGGUUCACACUAUGAGGAACAAAAAGCAUGGGAAGGGUUUUAUGGCUAUAAAAAUUGACUUCGAAAAAGCCUAUGAUAGACUAAAUUGGGCGUUCAUAAUGGACACUCUUAAGGAUGCCGGUAUACCGGACAAUAUCAUUAAAGUCAUCAGCUAUUGCAUAUCAACGACUUUCAUGAAUAUUCUUUGGAAUGGCUCUCCUUCAGAAACCUUCAGGCCUACCAGAGGAAUACGACAGGGAGACCCCUUAUCCCCCUAUAUUUUUGUUCUUUGUAUUGAACGCUUAUCUCACUUGAUAAAUAAAUUAAUUCAUGAAAAACAAUGGGAACCUAUCAUGCUUUCAAGGGGUGGACCUAAAAUUUCUCAUCUCUGUUUUGCAGAUGACCUAGUACUUUUUGCUAAAGCGGAUAUGAAGCAAGUCCAGAUCAUCAAGAAUGCUCUCUCCCUUUUUUGCGGUUGCUCGGGUCAAAAGGUCAAUCUUGGAAAGUCUUGUGUAUUCUUCUCUAGUAACGUCAACCAUAACACUAGACAUCAUUUGAGUCAGGAGCUAGGAAUCAACCUCACAGUCAACUUGGGAAAGUAUUUGGGAGUCCCACUCAUUCACGAACGGUGUAACAAACAACACUUUCAGUUUAUCAUUGACAAGAUGCAAAGCAAGCUGUCUAGCUGGAACAGGAAGACUCUCUCUUUAGCAGGAAGAUGUACACUCAUACAAUCGAUUCUUGCAACGAUUCCAAGCUAUUGCAUGCAGACCAUGAAGAUCCCAGCAGCAGUGUGUCAAAAAAUUGACAAGAUUUGUAAAGACUUUCUAUGGGAAAGCAGUGAAGGGGAAAGAAAAAUUCACUUGCUAAAUUGGGAUAAUAUAUGCAAGCCCAAAGAGAAAGGCGGGUUGGGUUUGAGGAAGGCUCAGGAUUCAAACUCACUUUUUCUCAUGAAACUCGCCUGGAGUCUAAUUCACAACAGAGAUAAGCUUUGGGUGAAAGUCAUGAGAGCCAAAUACGGCUGCGGUGAAGAUAUCUUACCAAAGAUUCAACAUAGAUCAAGUAACUCAAAUGCCUGGCUCGGAAUUAACAAGGUUUGGGAGAAGUUCAAGACCAAUCUCAUCUGGAGACUAGGAGAUGGGAAUAAAGCCCUUUUUUGGAAGGAGCAAUGGAUCCCUGGGUUUACUAAUCUGAAAGAGGUUGCAUUAACUAAUCUGGAAGAGGACAAACUCAAUGAAAAGGUUGUAGACUAUGUCAACGAAAAUGGAGACUGGGAUUGGGAAGCACUAAAUCGUGUUCUACCCGAGGAAGUCAUAGAUAUUCUAUAUACAAUCAAAGCUCCUAAUUUGCAAAUCGGGGAAGACUCCAUCAGUUGGAUGUCCUGCCCAAAUGGCGUGUUCUCAAUAAAAUCAGCCUAUGAAACUUUUUAUAUUGAAGAUGGAGAGGAGCAGUCUCUAUACAAACAGAUUUGGAAAGCCAAAUUACCACAAAGACUUAGAUCUUUUUGCUGGCUAUUCACUCAUGAGGCAUUGUUGACAAAUCAUAAAAGAAGAAGGAGAGGACUUACCGAAGAUGGUAACUGCCCAAGAUGCCAAGGAGAAGAAGAGACUUUGCUCCAUACACUGCGUGAUUUCCCUUUUAUCCGCACUGUUUGGAACAGCAUUGUCAAUAGUAGUUUACAACAAGAAUUUUUUAGCCUUUCCUAUUCAGAAUGGCUUAAAAAUAACUUGGGUAAACAUACUCCAACCCAGAAUGGUACUCCGUGGACCAUUACCUUCGUGACAACCUGUAACCUAGCUUGGCAAUGCAGGAAUGAAUUAGUGUUUAACAACUUAAUUACCCAGAAUAAUCAGAUGCAUCACAAGAUUCAAAAUUUGGCAGAGAACUACAACCACAUUCUAGAUAUCACAGAACAUAGUAGAAGAGCACUUCGUCUUACCAGAACAGUUUGGAUUGGGUGGAAGCCGCCGGAAAGAGGAUGGGCCAAGCUUAACGUUGAUGGUUCUGUGUUUCAACCUGAUAGCAAAGGAGCAAGCGGAGGCAUAAUCAGAGAUUUCAGAGGACGAUUCGUCGCUGGUUUCAGAAUGAAAUUAGCAGUAGAUUUGCAUAUCCCCUACCUGGAAGUUGAAUCUGACUCGAGCUGUGCUAUUAAUCUCAUCCGAAGUACCGCGGCUGAGACUCACAUUGGAGCUUCCCUAGUGAGAUCGAUCAAGGAGUUGCUGACAAAACCACAGAAGGUGGUGAUUCGGCACAUCUUCAAAGAGGCGAAUCAAUGUGCCGAUGCUUUAGCCAAAUAUGGGCAAGGAAUGGAAAAAGGAAUUACCUUGUUUGAAGAAGUCCCAGCUAUGAUGGUGCUCUUGGUGGAAGCUGAUGAGCGUGGAGUGGAGUUCUGCAGAACUACCCCUGUUUAG